GAUGACUUUGCAGACCAUCAAGAAAGUAGACAGAAAAAGGCCGUUUCCUUUUCAUUCUGCAAUUUUUUUCUUUCUUGCUAUUACCCAGAGAGCAGAGAGAGCUGAAAGUCUGAAAUGAAUCAACUUUGGAUCCACAAAACUUCACUCUCUGCAAAUUAAACUGAAGCUUCUGUGUCUGAUUGAUGUCCACCGACUGAUCAUUUGACUUUCCCACUCCCUCUCCACCGCUCGAUCCCUCUCUUUCUCUCCUUCAAUGGGAGGCCGCUGCUCCAGAUUCUCCCUCUGCUGGUUCACCUCCCACCUUAAACCCUCCGUCCUCGAAUCCUCCGAACUCGAGAAUGGGGGCAAAAGUGACAAAAACUUAUGGCCGAGCUUCACUGAAUUCAGCCUGGACCAACUGAAAACCGCCACGUGUGGCUUCUCCUCCGACAACAUAGUCUCGGAGCACGGCGAAAAAGCUCCAAAUGUUGUCUACAAGGGAAAGCUCGAUAACGGCCGUUUGGUCGCCGUCAAGCGAUUCAACAAGCUGGCCUGGCCCGACUCUCGCCAGUUCCUGGAGGAAGCGAGAUCGGUGGGGACGCUGAGGAGCGAGAGAUUGGCGAAUCUGAUUGGAUGCUGCUGCGAAGGAGAUGAGAGGCUGCUUGUAGCGGAGUUCAUGGCUCAUGAGACUCUGGCUAAGCAUCUGUUUCACUGGGAGAGCCAGCCCAUGAGAUGGGCUAUGAGGUUGAGGGUGGCUCUGUAUUUGGCUCAAGCUCUAGACUAUUGCAGUGGCAAAGGUCGUGCUCUGUAUCAUGAUCUCAAUGCCUACCGGGUCUUGUUUGAUCAGGACGGUAAUCCCAGGCUGUCAUGCUUUGGCCUCAUGAAGAACAGCAGGGAUGGCAAGAGUUACAGCACUAACCUGGCUUUCACUCCUCCUGAGUACCUCAGGACAGGUAGGGUGACGCAAGAAAGUGUAGUUUACAGCUUUGGAACCUUAUUGCUGGAUCUUCUAAGUGGCAAACAUAUUCCCCCCAGCCAUGCACUAGAUCUAAUUCGUGGCAAGAAUUUCCUGAUGCUGAUGGAUUCUGCUCUGGAGGGUAAUUUCUCAAAUGAUGAUGGAACUGAGUUAGUACGCUUAGCUUCACGCUGUCUGCAAUAUGAAGCUCGUGAGAGGCCAAAUGCAAAGUCCAUCGUCACUGCUCUCAUGUCACUUCAGAAAGAAACAGAGGUUGCAUCACAUAUUUUGAUGGGUAUCCCACAUGAAACUGCAUCCUCGACGCAGCCAUUGGCAUUAACACCUUUCGGAGAAGCUUGUUCGAGAAUGGAUCUCACUGCCAUACAUGAAAUAUUGGAGAAGAAUGGAUACAAGGAUGAUGAGGGGAUUGCUAAUGAGCUUUCUUUCCAGCUGUGGACUAAUCAAAUGCAGGAGACCUUGAAUUCUAAGAAGAGUGGAGAUUCCGCUUUUCGAGCUAAAGAGUUUGCCACUGCAAUUGAUUCCUAUACACAAUUCAUCGAUGGCGGGACAAUGGUAUCACCCACAGUGUAUGCUCGGCGUUGCCUGUCUUACCUGAUGAGUGACAUGGACAUGGCACAAGAAGCUUUGGGGGAUGCUAUGCAAGCCCAGGUGGUUUCUCCUGAGUGGCCUACUGCCUUGUAUCUUCAAGCAGCUUGCCUCUUCAGCCUUGGCAUGGAUAAUGAUGCACAAGAAACACUCAAAGAUGGCACAAAUUUGGAAGCCAAAAAGAACAAAACUUGAUAUGUAUAGACUAAUAAAUAUUUAUUUUUAUUUUCCUUUUAACAUCCGGUGACGUUUUUAUCAGUAGUCAUAUUUAGUCUUUGUAUCUAUUCUUUAUUAUGAUUUGCAUAUUUUAAGCUUUGCUUGCUUCAAUUUCAGGAUUCUUGGAAAAUUAUUUUUGUUGGUUUUGAUAA